AAGAACUAGCGCCAAGGGGGAAGUGAGUUUUCAAAUCUUUCAUUUUUUCCCCAAUUAGGUAGAAGAAAUUCAUAAUAAAACUUUGGUUUUUUGAUUAAUCGAACAUCUAAGUUUCUGUCACUAACUUGUAGUAGUUGUAAUAAUGAUGGGGACCUGUUGAUUUGCUUCAAAAGUUGUACGUUUUCAGGCAUUUCUGUAUCGUUCUUGACUUGUUUGAUAAAAUGCCUGAAACAGAUCGAAGACCUCAAAGGAAGGAUAUAGAAUGAGCAAGAGACCUCCACCCGAUCCUGUUGCCGUGCUCAGAGGCCACCGAGCCUCUGUGAUGGACAUCUGCUUCCAUCCAUCGAGAAAGAUUCUAUUCUCCGGGUGUGUACAAAUUCCAUGUUGAUUUUUAUGGCUUAAAUUCUAGGAAAUGUACAUUAAGUACGCACUUCCGCAUCCAAUUUAAUGUAGUGUACUCUCAUAAGUCAAAAGUAAGAAGGUUUGAGAUGAUCUGAUGAUCCGUGUACUAAAGUAACUAACUUACUAGAAAACAUGGUAGCUCAAGAGGCCAUAACCUGGACAUGAGGAGACACUUCAUACUCUUGGACAGAAAUAAAGGCUUGAAUCAUUUCAGUUACCAAAUUAGAUGCACUCAUAGAGAACGAUGGUUACCAUAUACGCCCGCGUGUUUUUAACCCCACAUAGUGUAAUGUAGGCUUUUGUUGUUGCUGUUGUCGUAUCUUGAUCGUUACUUAAUGAGCCUGUGCUCGUCUACAGGGCUGCAGAUGGUGAACUGCGCAUCUGGGAUACCGUACAGCGCCGCACAGUUGCAUCUGCAUUGUAAUUUCUUCUAUAUAUGCCAAUAGUUGGUGAAGAAAAGAUGUUUACAUUAUAUGGCGCAUACUGCAGCACAUGGGAUAAUUUGUGUCGCAGCUAGUCCUUUGAUUGGAGAAGACAAAGUAAUUAGCCAAGGCAGAGAUGGAACUGUAAAGUGUUGGGACUUUGGAGAUGGGGGUUUGUCUAGGACUCCAUUAUUUUCAAUUAAAACAAAUAGUUAUCAUUUCUGCAAGCUUUCAUUAGUAAAGAAGCCUCUACAUGGGCAAAGGCAAACUGAAGGAAUAGAGAACUUCCAAGAUGCUAUUCAUGGGGAAACUGCUGCUCAAGAAAGUCAAGAUAAUGCACAAAUCAAGGAAAUGAAAUAUGUUGCAAUUGCAGGAGAGCAGUCUUCUGUGGUUGAGCUCUGGGAUCUUGCUACUUCUAAAAAGUGUCUUCAGCUCCCUGAUUUCCCUUCUGGCUCAGUUAAUCCUCUGACAAAGGAACGAGGAAUGUGUAUGGCAGUUCAAGCAUUUUUGUCUUCUGAAUACCAGGGAUACCUUAAUGUUCUGACCAGUUACGAGGAUGGGUCCAUGGCCUGGUGGGAUAUAAGGAAUCCCGGAGCCCCAUUGACGACUGUUAAGUUUCAUUCAGAACCAGUUCUCAGCCUCUCUGUGGAUUGGUCAUGCGGCGGCGGUCUCUCUGGAGGUGCUGAUGAAAAAAUUGUGAUGUUCACUUUGGAUUACGGAUCGGGUUCUUUUCUGGCCAAGAAAGAAAUUACUUUGGAACAACCUGGAAUUGCAGGAGUCUCAAUACGACCAGAUGGGAAGAUUGCUGCAGUUGCUGGUUGGGAUUACCGAUUAAGGGUUUACAAUUAUCGAAAAGGAAAUCCAUUGGCUAUAUUAAAAUAUCAUCAUGCCACGCUAGUUAUCGCCCUACCAAUUCUCCAAACAACAUUUUGCCGGAAUUUCGCAGCGGCUGCGGCCGCACCGAAAGGCAAAUGGACCUUACUUCAGCCAAGUAUCGGAAUAUCAGCCAUGCAUAUGCAACUCCUCUACCCCGACACGGUGGUCAUAUUUGACCGGACAGAUUUCGGGCCAUCCAAUAUCUCCUUGCCAGCUGGCAAAUGCCGGCACGAUCCUCUAGACCUGGCCUUAAAAGCCGAUUGUACGGCGCAUUCAGUCGAAUACAAUGUCUUACAUAAUACCAUUCGACCCCUCAAUGUCCUCACCAACACAUGGUGCUCGUCGGGUUCGGUCGCGCCCGACGGGACGCUCUACCAAACCGGAGGAUCCAACGACGGCGAACGGGUCGUCCGGGUUUUCAAUCCGUGCAAAUUCGGUGGAUUAUGCGACUGGAAAGAAAUAAAUAACGGGUUGUUAGUGAAAAGAUGGUACGCGACAAACCACGCUUUACCGGACGGGAGACAAAUAAUCAUUGGUGGACGUGCGGAAUUCAACUACGAAUUUUUCCCCAAGACUCGUGCUACUAAUAAAGUAUUCGACUUCAAAUUUCUGCGUGACACAAAUGAUCCUGGAAUCGAGAACAAUUUGUACCCUUUGGUAGUUCAGAAUGUGGAUGGGAAUUUAUUCAUUUUCGCCAACAAUAGAGCGAUUCUGUUCAAUUACAAUAAUGGAGCUGUGGUGAAGACAUAUCCAACACUCCCUGAUGGUAAUCCGAGGUCAUAUCCAAGUACUGGGUCAGGGGUACUUUUGCCAUUGAAGAAUCUUCAGGGACCUGGAGGAAUUCAGGCCGAAGUUUUGGUCUGCGGAGGUGCACCAAAAGGUGCAUUUGCAGCCGCUUCAAAAGGUGUUUUUGUUGGUGCAUUGAAAACAUGUGGUAGGAUUUCUAUUACUGCACGGAAUCCACGAUGGGUUAUGGAGACAAUGCCUUUUGCUAGGCUGAUGGGUGACAUGAUAUUGUUACCUAAUGGCAAGGUUUUGAUAAUUAACGGCGCGGCUAGAGGGGUUGCGGGAUGGGAACUUGGUCGAGACCCGGUUCUCACCCCGGUUAUUUACAAACCCGAUGCUGCGUUUGGGGCCCGGUUUGAGGUUCAAACUCCGGCAACUAGACCGAGAAUGUAUCACUCCACCGCGAUUCUACUUCGCGAUGGUCGGGUUCUGGUUGGUGGUAGCAACCCCCAUAGCGGAUAUGUGUUCGUAAAUACACUUUAUCCUACGGAUUUGAGCCUGGAAGCCUUCUCGCCACCCUAUUUGGAUCGAAGUUUUGACUUGUUGCGCCCGCAAAUCAUUGCGCCCUCCUUCAUCCGAUAUGGGCAAAAGUUCGUUGUCAGUUUCAAGGUUAAUGGCCCUGUGAAGGCCAAUUUGGUUACAGUAACAAUGGUUUCACCGUCUUUUGCUACACAUUCGAUGUCUAUGAAUCACAGAUUAUUGGUGCUAAGUACGAUACAAGGUGUAAAACCUGCUGGUAAGUUAGCAUAUCAAAUGACCGUAAGUGCGCCCAUCAACACUAAUCUGGCAAUUCCAGGAUACUAUUUGCUUUUUGUGGUUCACCAAGAUAUUCCCAGUGUCGGCAUUUGGGUCCAAUUGAAGUAA